CUGACACCCGUCAGGUAACAGGGGACUUCAGUCUGAAGUAACUGAUAAACAAGUGUGAAGCAUGAAAAUCAACUCUGCUAUUCAGGCUGCUAUUGACCUCACAGCAGGAGCUGCAGGUGGGACAGCAUGUGUGGUGACUGGCCAGCCCUUCGACACCGCCAAGGUGAAGAUGCAGACGUUCCCUGACAUGUAUAAAGGAGUUGUGGACUGCUUUGUGAAAACCUACAAGCAGGUGGGGUUCCGAGGCUUCUACAAGGGGACCACGCCGGCCCUCGUCGCCAACAUCGCCGAGAACUCCGUCCUCUUCAUGUGCUAUGGCUUCUGCCAGCAGAUUGUCAGGAGAAUUGUUGGAGUGGACAGGAAAACCAAGCUCAGUGACCUACAGAACGCUGCCGCCGGCUCCUUCGCCUCCGCCUUUGCCACCCUGGUGCUGUGCCCCACCGAGCUGGUGAAGUGCCGCCUGCAGGCCAUGCAUGAAAUGCAGCUGUCAGGGAAGAUAACCCACGGGCACAACACAGUUUGGUCAGUAGUGAAGGGUGUGAUUCAAAAGGAUGGUCCCCUUGGAUUUUACCGUGGCCUGUCGAGCACUCUGCUGCGGGAGGUCCCAGGCUAUUUCUUCUUCUUCGGAGGGUAUGAACUGAGCCGCACCUUCUUUGCUUCUGGGAGACCAAAAGAUGAACUGGGUCCCAUUCCUUUGCUGCUCAGCGGAGGUUUUGGAGGCAGCUGUCUGUGGAUUGCUGUGUAUCCUGUGGACUGUGUCAAGUCUAGAAUUCAGGUUCUUUCCAUGGCUGGAAAACAGACAGGCUUUAUGGGAACGUUUGUAACUGUGGUGAGAACGGAAGGGGUGCUGGCCCUGUACUCUGGGCUGAAGCCCACCAUGAUCCGUGCGUUCGUGGCCAACGGGGCGCUGUUCCUGGCCUACGAGUACAGCCGCAAGCUCAUCAUGAGGCACGUGGACUCCUACUGA